UCGACGGUCGACCGGUGAAGGGAACGGAUCGUCGUCGGUUGGAUCCCGACUCGUUGUACGGCGAGCUAAAUCGCGGGUAAAAUGUUGUCAAGUUAGUUCCGUCGCAAUCGCGGAUGUUUCGUUCGAUUCACGGAGGUUCGCGCUAAUCGAGUGUCAUCAAAUCCGAGGAUAUAAUCUUGCGGGUCGACAAAGACGGGCAAGGGACCGGGACGCAUCAUGGAGAACCCCGAAGAAACAGCGAUCGCUCGGCAAUGCCGCGGUUAGCCGGUCGGUCUAACCACCCGAAUGAUCCCGGAUUGAGUCGUAUUCGAUUGUGAACAGGGACUGGCCGUCGGUGACGUCAAUCGUCAAGGAGGUGUCAAAGAACUAAGCGGGACCGUUCACUGCGAAUGCCAAUGGUGCGAAACAAUUGAUCGUAGAAUCGUCCAAGCACCUUGAAAGAUCAGCGUUGAAGGUACGAAAGGAUCAGCUGGAACGAAGAGGCGAUUCGAGGAGCGGUCACGCUUUGGUCGAACACGGCGAUCUCGUCGAGUUGUCCCACCCGGUGUCUUGACAUUGGUUUCAUCGAAAUACACCUCUCGUGAAAGUUCGCGAGUGCGCAAGUGUUUUCUAGAGGUUCCCCUGUUAGCGGGCGUCCCCCCGCGGAUGUUCGCGUGCCGAGGUGGUCCCUGGUUCGCUGGAUCGUCGAUGUGAUCGUCCCGCCGACUCGUGGAGAAUGAUCUUGGUGUACGGGAUCAUCCUACCCCUCGUGGGAAGUCUCGCGUACGCACAAGACCUAAAGUGCGGCCAUCCGGCUGUGCCGAUGAACGCCAAGGUGUCGCUGUCUAAUGAAUCCUUGACGCCCGGCACCGUGGCGAAAUACACCUGCGAUGCAGGCUACGAACUCUUUGGAACAGGCAGUUUGGUGUGCGGCCCACGUGGGAAAUGGCAGGGUGACCUACCGUUCUGCGGCACGAACGUGGGUUUCCGCAAACCGGCGAACCAAUCGACGACCGUGAGAGGCGGAAACGCAAACCAUGGUAAUGACGGUGACUUCAGCACGGAACACGACGGGAAAAGAUGCACGGAGACCCAGAGCGAGCCCAGUCCCUGGUGGAGGGUCGACCUCCUCAAGCCAUAUUCCGUCAAGGUUGUCCGGGUGGCGACGCGAGGCUGUUGCGGUCAUCAGCCUCUUCAGGAUAUUGAGAUAAGAGUCGGCAACAGCAGCGCUGAAUUGCAGCGCAAUCCUCUGUGCGCCUGGUUUCCCGGCACUAUCGAGGAGGGUAUCACGAAGACCUUCGUCUGUGCCAGAGCACUCGUGGGACAAUACGUCUUCUUGCAACUUGUCGGUGUCGAGGGUAGUUUGAGCCUCUGCGAGGUGGAAGUCUUCGCCACGGACGAAUUCUCGGUGGACAGGUGUGCACACGCCGGCACGCCCGCCGACGCCGACCUGACCGCCUUCAAUUCCACGUGUUACGAAUUUGUGGUGAAGAAGGGCGGCUCCUUCCAAGAGGCGAGGAACUACUGCAAGACACGCGGUGGCGAUCUCGUUCACGGGUUCAAGGGCAUAUCGUCUACAUUUAUCCUGAACAACCUAGAAAGGCGGAAGGAUAAGCUGAAGACCCAGUUGGUCUGGAUCGGGGCUCAGAAGGAACCGCAGAUCACCGCCCGAACGUGGCGAUGGGUGGACGGCGAGAUUGUGCAGAGGCCAUCUUGGGGCAAGGACCAGCCGAACAACUACAACGGCGAGCAAAACUGCGUCGUGCUCGACGGAGGUCGCGGCUGGCUCUGGAAUGACGUCGGCUGUAACCUCGAUUACCUUCACUGGAUCUGCCAGAGCAGGCCACCGACCUGCGGCAGUCCCGAGAAAUCGGAGAAUACCAUGAUCGUGGGAUCCAAGAGAACGAUAGGCUCCACGAUAGACUAUGCCUGCCCGGACGGAUAUAUGCUGGUUGGAUCGAAGAGCCGAAUGUGCGGACCGAGCGGCUUUUGGAGCGGCGACGUGCCCACGUGCAAAUUCGUCGAUUGCGGCGCGCUGCCGAAUUUGGAGAACGGCGUUAUCACGCUGCUGGACAACAGGACCACGCACGGCGCCCUCGCGGAUUACACGUGCAAGGAAAACUACACGCUGAAGGGCGACACGAGACGGAGAUGCGGCGACGGUGGCAUUUGGAGCGGCCACGAACCCCAGUGUCUGUUCGACUGGUGUCCCGAACCACCGGAAGUGAACGGCAGCGUCGUGACAACUAGCGGAAAAAGAGCGGGCUCCACCGCCACUUACUCCUGCCAAAAUGGAUUUAUCCUGUUCGGCGAUAACGUCCUCACGUGCAACAUCGGUGGCGAGUGGUUCGGCAAGGCGCCGCAAUGUCGAUUCGUUGACUGCGGGGCCCCGGCCCAGAUCGAGUUUGGCACCGUCGUUCUAAUUAACGGCACGACCACGGUGAGCAGCCUGGCCGUCUACACGUGUCAGCAGGAUUACUGGCUGGUGGGCGAAGGGAAGCAAGAGUGCACCAAAGAGGGCAAAUGGAGCCACGACACGCCAUCGUGCGAGUUGAUUACGUGCGAGGAACCGGAAGUGCCUACUGGAGGAUACGUAGUAGGAUACGAUCUCAACGUUCACAGCGUUAUCGAAUAUCACUGCGACGUGGGUUACUUGCUUCACGGCGAGGCGAGACACACGUGCGGCAAAGACGGCGAGUGGACGGGAGAAGUGCCGAUGUGCGAGUAUGUCGACUGCGGCAAGGUACUUCCGAUUUUGAACGGCGUUGUGGACUACGCGAACGACACGACUCAUCUUGGCAGCGAGAUCGCGUACAGCUGCACGAAGAACUACAGACUGAACGGAGUGUCGAGGAGAUAUUGCCUCGAUAACGGCCAAUGGAGCGAUGCCACUCCGAAAUGCGAAGAAAUCCGUUGUCCGGAGGCGGUGCUGGCCGAGCACGGGAUUCUCUCGGUCACCGGCAACGACCGGAUGUACGGAAGGACGUUGAUUCGCACGGGCACCGCGGAGAACUCGAACACGGGCGCGACCUCGUACAAGAUCGGGGCCCUGGCCAAGUACAGAUGCGAGAGAGGAUACAAGGUGAUCGGAGAGCCGUUGUCCACCUGCGAGGAGAACGGGAAGUGGAGCGGCGAAGUGCCGCAGUGCAUCUAUGUCGAUUGUGGUAAACCCGAGCACAUUCAACACGGACGUUACACGUUGACGUCGAACGCAACGUAUUAUGGAGCAGCUGCACUUUAUGAGUGCGACAGCAAUUUCGAGCUAGAUGGAUUUGCCAGAAGGCUGUGUCUCGAGAACGGUACCUGGAGCAGCGAUACCCCCGUCUGUCGAGAAAUACGGUGCAGAGAUCCGGAGAAAACGGGCGUACUAUCGACGCAAGUAUCGACCCACAGUGUGGGUGGUGUGGCGCACUACAGUUGUCCACGUGGCUUUUACCUCGAAGGAAACGAGACCAGAAUCUGUUUGCAAAACGGAUCUUGGAGCGGAACAACGCCUGCUUGUUUCUCGGUCGACUGCAAGCAUCCGGGACCGAUAGAGAACGGUAGGGUGAUUGUGGUGAACGGUUCGACGACCUACGGAGGGGCCGCGGAGUAUCACUGUCUACCGCAGUACGAAAGGAUCGGCAUAUUCCUGAGGAAGUGUUUGGACACCGGAAUCUGGAGCGGCGAGGAGCCGAAAUGCGAAUUGGCUGCGAACGAGGUGGCGGAGCCCCAAGGCGUCGGCACGAGCGUCGGCAUCGCAGCUGGCGUCAUUAUAUUUAUAUUAAUUAUCCUCGGACUGGUCUACCUUAGGCUGCGAAAAGCCACGCCGGUGAAAAACACCGAGAACGUCCAAGCCGCGGAACGGAAGGAGGAUCAAAACGCCGCCGUCAUGUCUUACGCGACGUUGAACGACGGCACGCACAACACCAUGUACGAGAACGUCCCCGAGGAUGGCCUCUACGACAAUCCGUACGGCCUGGGCGGCAACGCGUACAACAACAGAUACAUGGGCCAUCCGAGGAGAAUGUACGGCAGAUCCGGACAUUACGAGGCCGAGCCGGUUCCCAGGAACGGAAUCACCAUCAACGGCGUGUCAGUGCGAUAGCCGGUCGACUCCACGUCGGCCUCUCUUCGUCCUUCGCGCACGUCGGGAAUCGCGCGCGCGUAAAAAUCGUCGAUCUCGAGAGCGACUCAACCCUCCCUCUCGCACGCCGUUCCCGCCGUUCUCGCCGCGUGUGCGGAGGACACCGAGGAACGUUGUUGUCGUUAUUUAUAUUACCGCCUGUCGAAGGCGCGACAGUUCGUGUAAAUAAUUCGCGAGACGGAGAGGACAGGUGUGGGGAGAGGAUUUUACACACCGGCGAGAGAUUCCCUUCCCUGAGGAUCAACUAUUUUGUACGAUUCUGUAUAUACGGUGUAUCGAUCAUUUAGGUUCAUUACACGUAGCUCCUAAGACAUGUUGUAGCGUAAGUUUAGGAUUGUGCGAAUAAAGCAGCCAGCGCUCUUGUUGUACU